UCUUCUUCCUCUUUCGCAACAACUAGCUGUACUCACAAUGGCGGCCGAUUACAAAAGUUACCUGGCUGAAACUGUGCUCAGUGAGAGACGCACUGUGAACUAUCGGCUGCUCAGUCGAGUCCUGAAAGUCCACAGCAACAUUGCCAAGCAAAUGCUCUACGAUUUCCAUCGCACCGAGAAUGCAAAACGGCCAAAGAGCCUGUCUGCGACAUAUCUGAUCUGCGGGGUACCAGCAGGACAGAGGAAACCAGCCGAAAAUGGGGUGUCGAAAGAUAAAGACGGAGAGGAUACAUUCAUGAAGAGCAGCCCCUAUAUGAGCUCAUUGCCACACCCGGACGAAAUCGAACAUAGUAAACAUGCCACUCGUGUUACAACAUUCCUACUCACUAGGGAAGAGGAUCUCGAGGGCGCAAAGGCUACCUUUCAGUCUAUCACUACGAUCCAUAUCUACAGUUUGCAGCCAAAUGCGCUCCAGGACCUCCAUUCCUUGCUAGAUGUCAGCCGAGAGAUAACCUCUUCUUAUGGAGAGGAGGACCCGCUCGAGUUUGGAGCACGUUGGGGUAUGAUUCAAAAUAAGAAUGUCAAACGAAGAAAAGCAAUGAAACCGCCUCCGCCGACAGCUGUACCGACCGUUACAAAACCUAGCAUAUCUGUUGCACAGGCGCCGAAGGACGAGCCUCUACAAAAGAAGAAAACUGAUCAAGGAAUUGUAUCUAAACAGCCGCAACAAAAGACUGUGGAAAAAUCUCGAACUCAGCAGAACAAAGGCGAUCUAUUUUCUUCCUUCGCAAAGACCAAGCCAAAGGUCAGGAAGGAAGAAUUUCCUGCCUCAGGCAUCGAGUCUGCGCAAAAUUUAAAUUCUGGAAAUGGCAUGUUCGACGACGAUGCCGAAGAUGACGAAGACCGCGAUCCUUUCGCCAACAGCGUGGAACGCAGGAACACUUCGACUCGAGAGUCAAGGAAAGAACGAGAGGCAAAAUUGAAGAAAAUGAUGGAAGAUGAUGAUGAUGAUGUUAUGCCUGAUGCUUCGAACGAAUCUGCGGCAGAGGAAUCGGAAGCAGCUGAACCUGAACCUGAACCUGAACCUGAACCUGAACCUGAACCUGAACCUGAGCCCGAGCCCGAGCCCGAGGAAUCGAAAGAAGAAAUCACAAUCACGAACGGAAGACGCAGAGGCAAGCGGAAAAUCAUGAAGAAGAAAACCAAAAAGGAUGAGGAAGGCUACCUUGUCACCGUGGAGGAACCUGUUUGGGAAUCUUUCUCUGAGGACGAACCAGCACCGCCACCCAAGAAGAAGCCCGCUAUCAGUGCAAAUGUUUCGAAAGAGAAGAAACCUGGACAGGGAAACAUCAUGUCGUUCUUCUCGAAAAAGCAGUAGGUAUCCAGUUAUGGCGACCUGAGUACACUCUUACACAGAUAGACAAAUGAAGUUUAGUCUAAUACUACUGCUACAAUUGUCAUGACUGCGGUGAUGUGCCUAUUUAACGUUCCAGUAUAUCACAGAGCAGUCUAGUCCGUGGUCCAUAUAGAAUUCCCUCUAAGACAAAUAACGUGGCGGAUCGCAAACUUCUCCAGAUAUCGAUGCCACUAACUCGAUGGACGGAGAAGGAUGUCAAAAGCGGGGUUCACAAUGAUGCUAUUUUCUGAUCCAUACAACAUGAACACUGGAGGCCGUGGGCGCGUCAGUACAGUGUUACACAGUAAUAGUCAAUGCCCGUCGGUAGAAACUGGCCGAGUCAGCGAGCAGCGCAUCACAGAACGAGAGAUUAAAUUUUAAUACAUGCACGAGGAACGACAGAGACAAACACAAACAGGACUACUCCGCA